AUGUCGUCUAAGCCAGUAAAUCCCAAUGAGUUUCUGCUCAUACCGAAGUGGAUAAACGAGGAGUACUUUGUGCCGAUCCUCGAAAAAGAUGUGGAUAAGUUUGAAAAAAUUAUUAGUUUCUCGCCGAUUGCCGCGACGGCUCCUGGAGAGAAUUAUACCUCUAUUAUGGUCCGGGUUGUGAUUGUGUACCUGUCCAAAGAUGGUUCGGAGGAGCAAGUAUCUUACAUCCUGAAGACCGGACUCGACGUCAACAAAGGUGGUGCCAUGGUGGAACAAAUUGGAAUGUUUCCUAAGGAGAAGGAGAUGUACCAGCAUCACAUACCGCAAUUCGUGAAGCUCUACAAGGAGGCAGGAAUCGACGUUGAAUUGGCCCCUAAGUGCGUCCACACCGAAGAAACCCCCGAAAGGAUUACAAUGGUUUUCGAGGACCUAAAAACGAAUAAUUUCCGCAACGUUGAUCGGUUGGAAGGUCUCGAUUUUGUGCACAUGCGAUGCGUUCUUCGAAAACUGGCCGAAUUCCAUGCUGCAUCGGCGGUUUACCGCGAAGUUAAUGGCCCCUACGACACCCGAUAUAACAAAAGCAUGUUCUGCGAGGAAAACAGUGGUCUAUUAACCAAAGUAAGGGAGAUCCGAGAACCGCAGUACCUUAAGGCAAUGCUGGAAUGGGGCAUCCCCGAUAUCGAGAGAUACAUAAGAAAGUCUCCUGACGCCCCCAAAUUUUGCGAGGAGACACUGAAGCUAAAUGAAGUUGACGAGAAUUCUUUCAACGUUUUAAACCAUGGCGAUUCCUGGUGCAACAACAUUAUGUUCAAAUACAAGGAGAACGGCGAGAUCGACAGGACCCUCUUUGUGGACUUGCAGCUCUGCAAGUGGGGCAGUCCAGCCCAGGACCUCUGGUACGUUAUUGUGUCCUCGGCUUCUCUGGACAUCAAGGUCAAGGAGUUCGACCACUUCAUUCAAAUCUACCACGAACGACUAUCGGAGUGCCUUAAGCUACUGAAUUACUCGAAACCAGUGCCCUCCCUGAGGGAUGUACAUGUGAUGAUGAUCCAAGGCAGCACCUGGGGAUACGUCACUGCAAACGGGGUCAUGGUAGCCGUACUGAUGCCCUCUGACAAGGACUCUAAUAUGGACAAGUUGUUGUCUCCCGGGCCCGAAGCCGAUGCUUUCAGGCACAGGACUUUUACGAACCCCCUAUAUGUGAAAGCAAUGAAGCAGCUUCUUCCCUUCUUUGAUCACCGUGGCGUACUUGAUUUCGAUUAG